AUGGCGCUCUCGCCCCGCUCCAGCUCUACAAGAAAGCAUGACGAUGCCGACGCUACGAACACUCCCGCUUCCGCUCCAGAGCCAGGGCCCAUGGCCCGCCGCCUCGAGGAGGCCACAGAAGAAGCCCUCUUCACGGGCGGCAGAGCAGGACGACGAGCAAUCGAAGACGCAGGUUUCAACGAGGAGCUGAAGAACCGCCUGCUCAACAAGAUCGCCGACGCCAAGUUUCAAGACGACCACGAGGAGGUACUGCGAGAGGCCGGCCUUGUGGGCAACGUGCCCGAAGCAGCGGGCCAGGGAACACGAGAUAUGGCCUCUGCGCAGCCAUGGACAGGCCAGGAAUCGCAGUCGGACGCCGUCUUGCGAAUGCUGGAAGACGCACGUAAACCCUUGGCGCCGGGUCUGCGGGGCAAACCGAGGACACCCUCGCUGUCGAGCAUACCGGUGGACAUGCGUCUGAAGAAACAGGCCUCUGUCAGUGCAGGGCGCAAGGCGGCGAACGCGAAAGAGGCGGCGAGUGUGUAUACUGGCCUGGGCAUGAAAGAGAAGGGUCGCGGCCUCAGCGACGAGGAGCGCGAGGCUAUGAAGAAGGAGCUCAGAGACCGCUUCACGCCUGCUGCGCGGGCGCUGCCCAACACAAUAGCAGGGCUUGCAGCGCUAGCCAACGAGAGGAUCGAGGACGCUAUCGCGAGAGGGCAGUUUAAGGAUAUCCCACGCGGCAAGGGCGUCGAGCGCGACGCUCGGUCGGACAAUCCUUUUAUCGACACCACGGAAUACAUAAUGAACAAGAUGAUCAAGAAGCAGGACAUCGUGCCGCCGUGGAUAGAAAAGCAGCAGGAAGUGGUCAAGACGGCCAAUGUCUUCAGGGCGCGGCUGCGAAAUGACUGGAGGCGCCAUGCGGCGAGGAUGAUUGCCAGCCAUGGCGGGUCUCUCGAGGAGCAGAUGAGGAGGGCGGAAGAGUACGGCCGGGCAGAAGAGGUACACAACCCGCGCCGGAGGAAUUCGGACCAGGUGGCAGUGCCAACAAACUCUACAGACGACGUUGUCAUGGUUGCCAUGAGACAAGAAGCCUUGCCAGAGCCUCCAGAGCCUCCAGCGGCUGCCGGUGCGGACAAUCCUCCAGCAGGAACUGUCGAGCCCCAAGUAACACUGGUGCGCCCUUUCAGGGACAAGUCGUGGGAAUCCACAGAGCGGUCAUACAUGGAGUUGGCCAUCGACAAUCUCAACAAGCUGACGCGGGCGUACAACCUCAUGGCUCCAGAGCUGGCCAAGAAGCCCUACUUCAACCUCGACCGAGAGCUGAAAGCAUGCUUUGCCGAUGUUGCGCCACAGCUUGCCAAUGAGAUCAAAGAGCGUGCUCGACGCCCAGAGAAGUCACUGCUCAAUCAGGGCGGACACGAGGCUGGAAGUUUGUUGGACCGAUUCGCCAGAGAGAGUCGAUCCUCCAAGGUAUAUGACUCUAAGGCGCCUCAUUAUGGCUUCAAAGAGAUGUGGAGAGACCUCUGGCAGUGACUUCUCGUGUCUAUUGUCGUUGAAAAGGAUGGAUCCCGAUGAAUUCUAAUAAUCUAUCCAUCU